UAUUCUUUUAUUUUUCUACUAUAUUCACACUGUGUAUGGUUUAACUAAACAUAAAAAAAAAAAAAAAAUAGAAAAAAGAUAUCUGGGAGAAUUUGGACUCCAACUGGUACUACUACUUCAUUCAUCUGCCUCAGUCUGUCUCAUUUCGACAUUGCCCGUCUCAUCUCUCUCCUGUCUUUCAUUUUGUCAUUUAGGGUUUUAGAAGAAAACAAAAGAAUACCCAGAAAGAGAGUGUGUGUGAGGGGGAAUGCUGUGUAGCCGUAAAAUGUUAAAUUUCUUUAUAAGAAAAGAUAUCAGAAAGAUUCUUAAGCGGAAAGACAGUGAUGCUGGUGAAAGAGGUAGAGCACUAGAAGAUUUAAGAGCCUCAAUCUUCAAUGAACUUCGCUCAUCAGACGGUGCGAAACGCCAGCAACAACGAUUAUGUGGCCCUGCGAUUGCUCUUACCUUCAAUUUUGUGGUUGCUGUUGGCAUUAUUUUUGUGAAUAAAUUGGUGCUUAAAAAUGUUGGAUUUCAUUUUCCCAUACUCCUUAGUUUCAUUCAUUAUAUUGUAAGCUGGCUAUUGAUGGCCAUUCUAAACGCAUUCUCUAUCCUCCCUGCAUCUCCCGCAAAAUCAACCCGUUCGUCUACUUUAUUCGCUCUUGGAUUUGUUAUGUCCCUAUCUACUGGCCUUGCAAAUGUCAGCUUGAAGUACAAUAGUGUGGGUUUCUAUCAAAUGUCCAAGAUAGCAGUUACACCAUCCAUAGUUCUGGCUGAGUUUGUACUCUAUAAGAAGAAAGUUUCUCUCUUUAAGGUUCUAGCACUUGCAGUAGUAUCUAUUGGUGUUGCUAUUGCAACUGUAACAGAUCUACAAUUCCAUCUUUUUGGUGCUUGUAUUGCAUUAGCAUGGAUAAUACCGAGUGCUGUAAAUAAGAUCCUAUGGUCUAGUCUACAGCAGCAGGAGAAUUGGACAGCUUUAGCGCUUAUGUGGAAGACAACACCAAUCACCUUGUUUUUUCUGGUUACAUUGAUACCUUGGUUAGAUCCACCUGGUGUACUCUCCUUUGAUUGGAACCUUAUCAACACAAGUGCAAUUCUCAUGUCUGCUUUUCUUGGUUUCUUGCUUCAGUGGUCAGGAGCUUUAGCACUUGGGGCUACGUCUGCUGUUUCCCACGUUGUUCUUGGCCAGUUCAAAACAUGCGUCGUUCUUCUUGGAAACUUCUACCUCCUUGGUUCCAAUCCCGGUCUAACAAGUAUCGGUGGUGCAUUUACGGCUAUUGCUGGUAUGACUGUAUACACUUACCUCAAUUUGAAAGUACAGUCAACUAAAGCAUCAUCUAGACAAACCUCCUUGUUACCCAAGUCCAAACUCAGUAAAGAGAACAGUGGCGUAAAUGAUGGGAAUUACGGUAGGGAAUCUGUUUAACAAACAAAUUUUUUUUGUCUCCGUACACGAUAAAAAUAAAACUUAUCCACUAAUUUGUCAUUGUUUGAGUUGACUAUUUAUAGAUUGAAAAUUAGUUAAUCUGAUUUAGAUAAGUGCUCUUCAAUUUUGUGUUAAUACCACAAGAGUGGUAUGGUGUUACUUGUGAGUUUCUGGCAAUACCUUUUUUCUAGGGGCACCUUCUGUAGAUUGUUACGGCACAUGGUGUUGUAUUCACCCUGGAUUGAGCAUUGUACAUAUCAAUAGCCAUUGCAUUAAUUUAUUUCUUCUAACUUCUGCUA